AUGCCCGAUCACUUCCCCUACGGCCAGGGCGACCUCCUCCACACUACACAGGAAGCUGCCACCGACCUUCACCCCGUGCUCUCUGGUGAGCCUGGUGAAGCCAUCACGGCCCGCCAUGGUGUCAGAGACGCCAACCGGCCAGACAAAGAUCUGUCCGCACUGUCAUAUUUUGUGUUGCUCCAGGUACUUGAGCUGAAGAAUGUGCUUCUGAGAGCUGGAGAUCAGCUGAAGGUGAAGGGAACAGUUCUGCAUGAAGCUGAGAGGUUCCAGAUUGACCUUGGCUGUGAUGCAGAUGACCUGGCGCUGCACUUUAACCCACGUUUCCAUGACGAUUCCGAUGGAGCCGUGCUCGUGUGCAACUCCAAGGCUUCUGGCUGCUGGGGUGAUGAGCAGCGGGAACUACACAACCCUCUGCAGAGAGGCGCGGAUGUCAAGAUUAUAUUGAAGCUGGCUGGAGACAUGUUUGAGGUGGAGCUUCCGGAUGGACAGGAGGUCCACUUCCCCAACAGUGACGGCAUGGACAUCAUCAGCUACAUCAGAGUCACAGGGGAUUUCAAACUUACCUCCCUCAAGAUCUGCUAGGAGAGACUGUCUUCACACAUGCAUGCUCUAUUGAUCAGUUUAGUUAAUGACCUCAUUUACAAAGCUGUGUUAGUCAGUAUUAGAAACAACAACUAAUGAGAGAUCCAGUCUAUGAAUAAUAAUUAGUUUGAAGAAUGUGUUUUAUUUAAAAAUGUGCAUCGGUAAUAUAAAAGGUGUAAACCCAAAUGGCUUUAUGUUGUCACUGACGCAUCAUUUUCAUAACUGAUGAAAUAAUGUCUCUGAAACAUGUGCUUCUCAUACAGAAUAAAAGAGUGAGGUCUCCACACUGUUCAGCUCCCAGUAAAUAAUUGUAUUCUCCUUUUUGAGCCUAAAAAAAGAGAAAAGGAGAAUUGUCUUGCAUCUGAAUG